AUGCCAAUCCACCACCUCAUGGUCGGCACUUGGACGCCCCCAGGAGCAAUAUUCACAUUCGCCUUUGACGACGAAACUCUCUCCCUCACCCUCCACACCAAAAAGAACAUCUACGGCGCCGCCAUGAAGAAAUGGUCCAGCUUCGCCGUAGAAUCCCCCACACUCAUCACCCAACAAGCAUCCCACCCCAUGCUCCACGAGCCCGAAGCAUCCUCUUCAUCAACCAACACCCGCGCCAUAUUUCUCCUUGCCGCCAAGCAACCUCCCUACGGAGUAUACUGCAACCCCUUCUACAACCAUGCCGGCCACGGCACCGUCUUCACCACCUCAUCUGACGGGACCCUCGAAACCGCCAUCCAACACUACGCAUACCAGCCCAACUCCGGCAUUCACGGCAUGGUCUUCGACCCCUCAGAAAUAUACCUCUACUCCGCAGAUUUAAAAGCAAACAAGCUCUGGGUUCACCGUCGACAAAACGAAGCAUCUCCUCCUCAAAACGCGGCUCUCGAACUCGUCGGGAGUGUAGAGUGUCCCGAUGAGAGAGACCACCCUCGCUGGGUAGCUAUCCACCCGUCCGGGAACUAUUUAUACGCACUCAUGGAGAAGGGGAACAGAAUCUGUGAAUACCUCAUCGAUCCUGCUACCCAUAUGCCAAUCUACACUCACAAGCAGUACCCGCUCAUCCCGCCAGGCAUCCCCGAUAGAUGGACCAUGUAUCGCGCUGAUGUGUGUGCGUUGUCUCACUCGGGCGAGUAUCUGUUUGCUUCUUCGAGAGCAAACUCAUUUGAUUUGACUGGAUACAUUGCCGCAUUCAAGCUGAGCAAGAGUGGCGCCAUUGAGAGGCAAAUAUGUCUGAAUCCCACGCCUACUAGUGGCGGUCAUAGUAAUGCUGUGGCCCCGAGUGACUGGUGUGAUGACUGGAUAGCCAUCACAGAUGACCAGGAGGGUUGGCUGGAGAUUUACCGCUGGCAAGAUGAGUUUCUCGCCAGAGUUGCGAGAGUGAGGGUGCCUGAGCCCGGAUUCGGCAUGAAUGCCAUAUGGUACGAUUAG